CCGUUUUGGACGCAGCAGUAGACAUCAAUGAAUUAGAAAAUUUUCAAAAUUGUACAAAAUUUGUUAGUUGCCUCAACAGAAAUAUCCUUUAGCUACCACCGACAUGCAUUUAAUGUGCGAGCGACUGUCUUCGAUUUUUGCGGGUGUCUUAGUGGGUUUGUGGUACGCAAAAACCUUUCCGGAUGACGCUAAGGACAAGGGCGGCAAGGACAAGGGCAAGGACAAGGACAAGAAGAAGUAGGAGUGAAAUUGGAGGAGGAAACGCCAAAUAUAUUUACCUUACUAACCCGAAACCACUGCAGAAAUCAGCAAUUUAGUAGGUGAGCUGAAAACUUCAAGUCAUUUCGACGGCCUGUCAAACCGGUUGGCCUGACAUAGCUCAGUAACUAUUCGGCUUCACAUCUAGUAUAUCAAAAUUUUUCGAUUUGCACAA